AACACAAAUAUAGCAAAACCAAGAGAUGAAACGAGAUGGAAUCGGCAUACCAGCGAUGGCGUAACAACGAAUUGAUGUUUACAAAGCUGCAUUCACUGUCCACUACGGAUUGUACCGAAGAAGUUGAGCAGGGAGAUCUAAGUAGUUCCGAAGCAUUGAACGAUUCUAAUGAGUUUGGAAUGAACAGAGAACAACGGAAAUUCGACGUGAGUGUAACUUGCGCUGAUUUUGAGUCAGACACAGAUGAUGCUAGGUUCGACGUAAGAUCGAUGACCUACUUCGAAGCAGGCAAUCAUUCCCAAAAUGUUGCAAAACAUAUGAAAUGUGACGAAUCUUUUACAAAGCGGAUCGAUCAGUGUAUUGAAGAAAGCCAAACCAUCAUGAAAACUAGUAGAAUAUCCGAGAACAUCAAAUGGAACUUGGUCACCGUUAUUUCACUAGUCCUUGGGUUUGUUAUUUCAGAGCUGAUUCUAAAACCAGGUGGCAAACUGUGUCUUUUCCUGAAACGAUCGAUUGAGCAAGCUGGAAGUGUCAUGUGGAAUCACGUACAAGUAAAUGUGAAACCAUCGAGAAUCCGUGAAAGAACAUUACUCAGACUGGACGAGAGGCCGGCGAUUAAUUUGCAGGCAGCAUUCACGGUAGCUUUAAUUAUUCCUGUAGCGAUCCUGCUAUCCUUGGUGUAUUCGUUUGUUUGGUUAUUGCACGUUUUAAAUGCUGUUCUUCUGAUCCGUAUAGACAUCUGA